AUGACGACUGACGGAAAAGAAGACAAAGACAGCGCGGGAACGGAAGAAAACGAGGACGAGUGUCUCGUCCCCAAUGGAAUGCACGGAGAAGAAUCUCUCGGUGCGCCUCCCGCGGCGACUCAAACUCUCACAUCGACGAUGAGCAUUUCGAGCCGUCGCGGAGACCAAACGACAACCGGAAAAGGAGGAAAAGGAAAAGAACGAGAAGGACGUGACGACGACGAACACGGAACGAACGAAACACAAAAGAUUCAGAUGAAAACGAUGGGGAUUGAGACUACAUUCACCGGAGAUGGAAACAACAGCAAGAAGAAGAAAAAAAUCGCCCUGUUCUUUGGCUACAACGGGGACGGAUAUCAAGGCAUGCAACGAAACCCAGGCGCGAAAACGAUCGAGGACGAUUUAGAGUCCGCGAUCGUCAAAGCAGGAGGAAUCGCGGAAUCGAACAGCGGGGAUUUCAAUAAAGUGCACUGGAACAGAGCGGCGAGGACGGAUAAAGGCGUCAGCGCGGUUGGACAGGUGGUGAGUUUUAAGUGCAUGAACGCGGACGACGGGAACACGGAGACCAUCGUAAGGUUGAUCAACGAACAUUUGCCGAGGGGAAAAAUCGUGGCGUUUGGAGCGACGAGGGUGACGGGAGGGUUUAGCGCGAAGAAUCAGUGCGAUAGGAGGAAGUACGAGUACGUGGUACCGGUGAGAACGUUUGAUAGGAGGUUUCCGAAGAAGAGGAAGCGGAACCCCGUGGACGGCGACGAUGAAAACGGUCACGAUGAAAAGAAGAACGAUGAAAACGCCCCAAAUGGCGAAGGAUUAGAAGACGAAAAAGAAGACGACGAAGAAAACAACGAUACCCAAGAAGAAGAAGAACCGUACGUCUUCACCGAAGAGGAACGAACAAAAGUGAACGACAUUUUGAAACAUUUCGUCGGCACGCAUAAUUUUCACAACUACUCGACCAAAGUCGAUUGCGACACGCCGCAAGCGCGUAGGUUUGUCAUUUCGUUCUCGUGCUCGAUGCCAUUUAAAAUUCAAGGCGAAGAUUUCGUGAAGUUUGAGAUUCUCGGUCAAUCGUUUCUGUUCAACAUGAUUCGAAAGUUGGUCGGAAUGACCGUCGCGGUCGCGCGAGACUUCUGCGACGUGAGCGAUUUGUUAUUCGCGCUGAGGACAAAACAAAGAGUCAACACCCCCAUGGCGCCCGAGCUUGGAUUAUUUCUCUGUGAGUGUCAAUACGACGCGUAUAACAAGCGCUUCUCUGCCGAGCGCGAACCGUUGCGCUUGGAAAAUUGGCGCGACAAAGUCGAUGCGUUUAAACACCAAACCGUGUAUCAACACAUAUACGACCGCGAAUACGUGAUGAAAGACAACAUGGGCGAAUGGAUCCGUAAAUUCAUCAGCGACAAGAACGGGUUUCGAGAGCAUUACGAUUUAGCCAUGCACCGCGCGCUCUUGAAGGAGGAAAAGUUGGCGCCUUUGAGCACGAAGAAUUCUCAGAAGCAACGCGUGAAUAGCAGUCAAAAUCAACAAGGUGCCAAAGCGUCGCCAAACAAACCAUCAUCAUCCAACGGAGGAGAAGGAGAAGGAGACGUCACUACUAAAAGUACCGACGACUCACAAGCAGGAACAGCAGCAUUACCAGCAGCAGCAACGACAACACCAACACCAACAAAACCAGAGGAAAACGAAGAAGCUUUGCUCCUCCUCGCGGCGAACGCCGCCGCCGAACGCGUCGCCAAAAAACGCAAACUCGAACUCGAAAAGCAAGAAGCGCGCAAGCGAAUCGAGAUUGAAAAACAGGAAGAAAGAGUAAGAAACGGUUUAGUCGUCGGUAAAGUCGAAUACGAUGAGGACGAGAUGAGCGAUUAG